UGGCAGCCUGGUACUCAGCACCUGCUUUUUAGUGAGUUAAAUCUGGCAUUGAAUAGGAGUUUGCACACUUAAACAGAAUUCCAGGCGUUUUCUCAAAGCGGGUAAUCCUGUGUGAGAACAUGGGGUCGAGUCCUCACUCGGUGAAGCGGUGGCAGCUCAGCGGGACGGACUAUGAGAAGGUCCGCAGCACGAGCUCUGACACGCGCCUCAGCUGCUGGACCCCCCUGAACAACAAGAACAGCAACCUGCAGUUAUUUGAGGAGAGGAUGACCCUUGUGCUGCACUGGUUUGACCUGUGGACUGACAGACAGAGGAAACACCUGUUGCACUCUCUGCUCACACGUGGCACCAAGUCACAGCUCAAGUACUGCCGAGAUCUUCUGAUGGAGACGCUUCCUGUGACACAAGUGGACUUCACGGCGGUGUUGCCACGCUUCCUGUCCCUGUACGUGAUGUCAUUUCUGUCCCCUCGUGACCUCUGCUCUGCUGCUCAGGUCAGCUGGCACUGGAGAAUGCUUUCUGAGCAGGACUGUCUGUGGGCGAGCCGCUGCAUCACAAGAGGCUGGUUCCUUCCCUACACUCCAGCAGAGAAAGAAUAUGGAGCGUGGAAGAACCACUACGUCUCCUGCGUCUCCACCCUCGACUGGCUCACUCCACGGGAGGCAGCCGAGCAGUAUGGGACCCUUAACCAACAACGCACAUUGAUGACAGAGGAGGAGGAGGAGAGGAGGAAGGAGAGGAGGAUCAGGCAAAUGAUCAGAGACAAGCUACAGGAGGAUAAGAGGCAGUCUAUGAGCACCAGGAGAGCCUGGGGCAGCUACACAAAGCCAGGAGCAGCCAGAGGAGGAAGUACCCAGACAGGGAGGCCCAGCUCUGGAAUAACAUCUAGCUCUUGGCCCUCACUCUCCUGGCCCCCGAGGACUGUAGGGUCCCCCAGCCUCUGUCUGAGCCUGGACAGAGGACAGACCACGUCUGCAGCUCCGAGCCGGGACAGAGUCCAGACCUGCAGUCCUCCCAGUGAAAGACUGAACAAUGCAAGUGGAGCACUGUCUUCUUUCACCAGCAGACCUGCACUGACACACACAGUCCCUCCCACCCAUCUGAGCCAUCCUGUCCUCUUACUGCUGAUCUCCAACAGAAUCCCUGCCUAUGAGCUGCUGCUGAGUGGUGUGAAAGCAGGAGUGAUUGUGGUUCUGUACGACCACAGAGGGACUCUCUCAGCUCUGUUAGCCCAGGUGGAGAGGGCUAUCAUUGGGCAGGGAGCUCAGAGGCUGGGCCUACUUGCUCCUGGAGGAACUGAAGAAAUCCAUCUGCUUCACAGGUGUAUUCUGUCAGAGAGGACUCUGCUAAACCCAGAUCAAAGGGAUUUCUGGGAAAAACUUAGUGGCUGGGUGGCACCAGCUGAGGAAGGAGGAGGGAUUGACAUCUUCUCCCCGCUAGCUGCUUGUGCACCAGGAGCGGCUCUCAUCCAGACCCUCUCUUCUCUGACUGGUCUGGAGGUUCGGACACCAAUGGGUCUUGCAACUGGAAGUUUUCAAAACAUCCUGAGUGAAUGGUCUGACGGCAGCGUGUGCACCAGACUAUCAAACCAAGGACCAUCAGCCCCGGCGCUGCAGUUUGUGUGUGAGAGUGUCCUGCAGGGCUGGUGCAGACAGGCUGAGUGGAUGGAGGAGGCCCUGGGGGGGCUGAGGGGCCACCUGGGGCCACAGCUACAGCGGCUCAGCCUGGAGGCCAGGGGCAGAGCUCUUGGUCUUUUUCUGUGGGAGAAAAUGUGCCUCGAGGAGCUGUGUGUGUCCAGAGAUCUCAACGAGGCGCUGAUAGAGGGACUCACUGCUCUCACACGACAGAGAGAGACCAGACCUCUGGAGUUUCUUGCUGGUUUCCUGACAAGAUGGACUAAUGAUAAGGAGGGAGAAGAGAGCAGUGGAGACAAAAACAAAAGAGCAGAUGACUUCUCUUCAGCACCACAAAGCUCACAGAAAUGCUUCAGCCUGAUACCUGAGCCACCACAGAUAGCGUUAGAUUGGAGAGGGGCAGCUGCCAGAGAGCUCCACCACAGUGAGUGUCUUUACCUGGGCAGACUGGGCGCCGUGCUGAAGGUGUACCAGGAGCCUCUUACAGCAGCGCUCAACUCCAACAGAGCCAUUCUGAGCUACAAUGACAUCCACAUGGUCCUCAGCCCUGUCACACAGAUACUGGAGCUCAACAGGGUGUUUCAGGUGGAUUUAGAAGCCCGGCUGCAGCAGUGGGGCGCAGAGCAGUGUGUUGGAGAUGUGCUCGUGAAACUGUGCUCAAAACUCAGAGUCUACACCAACUACCUCAACAGCUACACCACUGCCAUCCACACCAUCGACAAGUGCAGGGAGACAAAGCCUCCAUUUCGGGCUUUCCUGAAGAGAGCAGACAGAACUCUUUCAACACACAUGCUGAGCCUACAGGAACUGCUGCUGUGUCCAUUGUGGAGAAUCCAGGAGUAUGUGACUCUACUUCAAGCUCUGUGUUUACACACACACACCGCUCACCCUGACCACACACACCUCUCCUCUGCCCUCAACACCCUGGUGACAUUCAGAGAAUUCACACAAAAGUUAAAGCGUAACUCAGAGAGAGACAGGCUGAUAGAGCAAACGCAGCAGAUGAUCCAAGGAUGCCCGAACCUCAGUGAAGGAAACAGGCAGCUGAUAAUAACUCAGGAUGCUGCCUUGCUCAGGAGCCCUGAUGAGCAGAUUCCUGACUCGCUCAGGAUCUAUGAGCAUGUAUCAGACGUGGGCCUGUUCCUGUUUAACGACGCAUUGGUGUUGACCCGGCGACGUGUUCAUCACACACCUUUCACGCUGACUUACCAGAGCACACACACUUUCCUGGCCUCAGUGGCUCUCAGCAGCCUGUCCGUCAGAGAGAUCACACACACACGCUAUGUGUGUCAUGCCUUUGUCCUGGAGGGUCCUUGUCGUUCCUGGGUGUGUGCCACAGAGAGAGGAGAGGAGAGAGAGCACUUCCUGUCUGUGCUGCGUCCCGCCUUAAACGCUGCUCUGACAGGACAUCAGUGACGGCACCGGCAUGACAACACCCCGGCAGGACAAGAGGAGGUUUGGACACCACUGGACACCACAGUCUGAUUACUUUGUUUUUAAAGCUUAGGAAAAAUCUCUUAAAACAAUUAUUUUUCACAUGCCGCAAUAUUAUGUAGGCCUGCAAACAUGGCUUUCCUGCUACUGUUUAAACUGUGUAUCACAAUACCACCUUAAAAGUAUUUAGAGUCCAAUGAUAACUAAGAGAAAUUAAGUAUUUUGUAAAAUGUUGCACAAUCCUGCUUUCCAUCAGGUAGAAGGUUACCAAAUGACAGUGCCAGACAAAUCAACCAGUAUCUCGACACAUCUUUGUCAGCUUGAUAUUUUUAACCCCCUUUUACGGAAUAUUAUAACUAUUUAUACACGUAUAUUUUUGAUUUACCACUUGGCAGUACACCUAAUGAUGCUCAUUACAUAUUUUAGUUAUUCCUGUACUCGCGCACCGAGAAGCUUUUGCAGUUUAAUAAAAUAACUUGUAGUUUUUAUGAAGUAGUUGUCGAACAGUAUGAAUCACAGUGGAUAUUAUAGAUUGGUUUGUGUUGCGUUUUCCGGUAGCUUUUUGUCUUUUGUGUAAAGAAGCUGUGUUGUACACUCUGCGUGUACUUGUUGUAUGUAUCAGCCAUUUGCAUUUCUUUCCCUUGUAUAUCUAUACAAAUAAUCACAAAUUUUACCUUACAAAAAUCACUGUUUGUUAUUGUUCCUCAUUGCACCACCUAGAAUUUUGACAUACAUAUAUUCCAA